UGGAAAUCAAUAUUUCAAUAGAUGGCAUACCGUUACAUAAAAGCGGCCGCACAUCUUUUUGGCCUAUACUGGCCAGUAUCCAUAAGAUGCCAAGCGUCAAACCGAUGACUGUGGCUAUAUUUUGUGGAUCGAAAAAACCAGAUUCGCUCGAGCAGUACCUUCGGCCAUUAGUAGAUAAAUUGAAUAAUGUUAUUGAUAAAGGUAUUGCAGUGGGCAAUAAUGACACAACGGUCAAAAUAAAAGUACGUGCCAUCAUUGCUGAUUCACCGGCACGAUCAUUCAUUAAAGGCGUUAUAGCACACAAUGGCAAACAUGGGUGUCUUAAAUGCACUGUUGUUGGUUAUCACCAUCCUAUAUCACGGACUAUGUGCUUCCCGGAUACCAAAGCUCCUCUAAGAAAUGAUUUGGAUUUCCACAAUGGGAGACUGCUGAUACAUUUCUUCAACAAUUUGUUACCGACUAUGCCCAGAUUUACGGAGAGGGUUACGUGA